AUGGUGUACAUCCGGCAACAUGAAUUGGCGAAUCUGAAGAACUACAAAUAUGCUGGAGUCGACCACUCGCCUGUCAGCCGGUUGAUUCUCAAGCCGUUCUACAACAAAUUCGUGAUUCGUUGCUUCCCAAUGGGGAUGGCACCCAAUGCCAUCACCCUCACCGGCUUCAUGUUUGUGGUAAUUAAUUUCGUCACCGUCAUGUGGUACAACCCGAACUUGGAUACGGACUGCCCGCCCUGGGUCUAUGCCAGUUGUGCGAUUGGCUUGUUCCUGUACCAGACUUUCGAUGCCGUAGAUGGCAUGCAGGCACGGAGAACCAGACAGAGUGGCCCGCUUGGCGAACUCUUUGAUCACAGUGUCGAUGCAUGCAACACCGGUCUCAGCGUCUUGGUCUUCGCUUCGGCAAUGAACAUGGGCCAGUCCUGGAUGACCUUUAUCGCUCUAUUCGGAUCAACAAUCACCUUCUAUGUUCAGACAUGGGAUGAAUACUACACGCAAAUCCUUACCUUGGGCGUGAUCUCUGGCCCCGUUGAGGGAAUCCUCACACUUUGCACCGUCUACCUAUUCACCGCUUACAUGGGUGGCGGUAGUUUCUGGCACCAGUCCAUGCUGGAGACCAUCGGCGUGCCGAAGCCUAGCUUCCUCUCAAGCCAGGUGUACAACAUGCCGUUCACGCAGUGGUACCUUGUGUAUGGCUCCGUUGUGCUCUGCUUCGCCAUCGGCUCGAGUAUCAUGCACGUCAUGAAGGUGCGUCGCGAGCGAGGCCAGGACCCCUUCACGCCGCUGUACGGCCUCCUGCCCUUGGUGGCCAUCUGGAGUCCCAUUUUUGCCUACCUAUACCUGCAGCCGAUGAUUUUGGAGAACUACACCAUCCCCUUCGGAUUGUUUGUGAGUCUCGUCAAUGCCUACUCUGUUGGCCGCAUUAUCAUCGGCCACCUCACUCAGACGAGUUUCCCCUACCAAAACGUCCUGCUGUACCCGCUCGCUCUGGGUGUUUUGGACAGCGCGGGUGCGCUGUUCGGCUUGUGGUCCGCCCCUGUGCUUGGGUAUGGUGUUGGGCAGGUGGCAUUCGUGUUCGGGUUAUUGGGACUGGCUGUCGGUAUAUACGGUAGCUUCGUGUUCGACAUCAUCACCACGAUAUGCGACUAUGUCGAUAUCUGGUGCCUCACGAUCAAGUACCCCUUCGUCGAGGAGACCGAGCGCAAGACCGGUUUGUCGAAGAAGACCAAAUAA